AUGUACGAUGAAGAUCAAGACGAACCUACCAGCGAGGAGGAUCUGCUGGAACAGAUUCGGGAACAGAAAGAUAUUAUGGAGAACGUACAAUGCCAACCAUGGCCCAUGGCCAAAAAGAUGAAAAUUUUGAGACUAGCCAAGGCGUUUGUUGGUCGACACGAAGGCCAGCUAUCUAAAAGUAAAGGCUAUCAACAAAAAGGAAAACAGUUAUUUCGUCAAUUGAAAAGAAACUGGGAUAAUUUGGUUUCAGCCUUGGUACCGUGGGAAAUGAAAAUCAAAAGAAUUGAAAGUCAUUUUGGUUCCGUGGUUGUAUCAUAUUUCGUUUUUCUAAGAUGGUUAAUUUGGAUAAACGUGUUUCUGACCAUCAUGCCGACUUGUUUUAUUAUUAUACCAGAGUUAGUGGCCGGUGAACCUCACGGUAGUAACAGUAGAAAAACGAUACCAGUUGAUGAGAUGGAAACAGCUUACGAUCUUAAAACUAUUUGGGACGCAGAGGGCAUUAUGCGUCAAUCAUUAUUAUUUUACGGGUAUUAUGGUAAUGAAACAGUGAUAGGAAAUGGCUACAGACUUCCAUUAGCCUAUUUACUAUGUGGUUUCGCUACUUUUGCCUUUAGUUUCAUUGUUGUACUAAAACGAAUGGCUUCAAAUUCACGACAAAGUCGACUAUCAAAUAAAGAUGAGCAAUUCACAUUUUCUUGGAAACUGUUUACUGAAUGGGAUUUUAUGGUCGCAAAUCAAGAAACAGCCAAACUUAAACAUGCUUCUAUUAUUACAACAUUUAAGGAAACAAUUCUUGAAGAAAAAGAGAAAAUUCGAGAAAAAUUGAAUAAAUGGUUGAUAUUUUUUCGGAUAUUAGCGAAUGUGUUAGUUUUGAUGUCCCUAGCUCUAAGUGCCUAUAUCGUUCAGCUAUGUGUCGAGAGGGGUCGAGAGAACGAACUCAAAAAAUUUAACGACCCAACUUUUACCCUGGGAUUCUGGGACGAAAACGAGCUAACAGUCGUAAUGACUUUGAUAGCAACUUUGUUUCCCAAUCUCUCUGAUUUAAUAUCGUUAAUGGAGAAAUAUCAUCCCAGAACAAGUCUUCGGCUUCAGUUAGCUAGGAUAUUUGCGUUGAAUUUAUUAAAUUUAUAUACUCUCUUCAUCGCUCUGUAUAAUAAACAAAAUGAUUUGAAAAAAUUUGCUAGUUCUUUAUUGAACAAUACGGCUUGUGAACCAUCGUCUUCCUAUACGUCACUUCCGGUAACAGAAACGUCAUUAGAGAUGAACUUAACGGGUUAUUCCAUUAACGAAACAGAUGGAGGUAACGGAACGCUUUGGAUGACGUCGACCGUUUCUCCAACACUUAUUGAUCUAGACGACUGUCUUCUACCAAACAAUGCAUCACUAAACUCCCUGUGUUGGGAAACCAUGAUAGGGCAGGAAAUAUUUAAGUUAACAGUAAUGGAUAUAGUGUUUGUUUUGGGGCAGGUGAUUGUGAUAGAUGUUAUAAGAGGCGUUUUUAUUCGCUACUGUAACAGCCUAUGCUGUUGGGAUAUGGAGAAAACUUUUCCUGAAUACCCCGAUUUUAAAACGGCUGAAAAUCUACUCCAUCUAAUCAACAACCAGGGCAUGGUCUGGAUCGGAACAUUUUUCGCUCCUGGUUUACCCAUACUAAACCUAAUGAAGUUAUUAUUAAUGGUGUACGUUCGAUGUUGGACAGUACUGGUCUGUAACGUUCCCCAGCAGAACAUCUUCCGUGCUUCACGAUCUAACAACUUCUACUAUGCUCUCACGCUCGUUAUGUUAUUUCUGUGCAUGUUGCCACCACUGUUUUCAUUAGUUGGUAUUGAACCUUCGCCUGGUUGUGGACCAUUCAGUGGAAAACAGAAAAUGUACCAUAUUUUAACAGAAACCAUGGAAACAGAAUUACCAGACACUAUCAAUGACGUCAUAGACUAUGCAGCGUCCCCUGGUGUUAUUUUACCUGUCUUUAUGUUGCUAUGUAUGACGAUCUAUUACCUGAUCUCUGUGGGAAGAUCAUUAACAGAUACUAACGCUGAACUAAGGAUGCAGCUAGAAUAUGUAAGUAUUCAAGAGAUUGUAAAGACGUUUUCUAACUUUACAUGUGUAUUGAUAGCAUUGAUUCGAAUUAUUACAAUUUUUAAUCAGACUUCUGUGGUUCCUGCAAUUAUGUUAAUAGGCACUUAUAACAACUUAUAUAGGUUCAUGAAGAUCUUUUCUACCAGCUGA